AUGGGGUCCGAGGCGAACAUCCCCGAUGCCACCGCCGUGUUGGGCACGUGGCUCCACGUCGGAUCGCAGGAGAGCGUCGCGGAGGAACGGAAGGAGCGCCUCGUCGCCGCGGGGGUGACGCACGUCCUGUCGGUGAUGAAGCGACCGCCGCCUUGGCUGUCGUCGUCGGGGCCCGGCCCGAUGAAGCUUCCCUUCGCGCACAUGCACGUCAAGGUGGAGGACACUCGCGCCGCGGACAUCUCGGCGCACUUCGACGAGACCGGCGCGUUCAUCCGCGCGUGCGAGGCGUCGGGGGGGCGAUGCGUCGUCCACUGCGCCUUCGGCCAGAGCCGAUCGGUGACGGUCGCCGCCGCGUACAUGGUGACGCAUCGCGACAUGUCCCUCGGCGCCGCGCUGGAGGCGAUCCGAUCGGUGCGACCGUGCGCGUGCCCGAACCCGUCGUUCAUGACGCAGCUCGUGAGGCACGAGAUGGCGACGACGGGCGCGCCCCCGUCGGACUUGAGGGACUUCCCGUCCCUUCCAAAGCCGUGGAGGUUCGUGGCGUGGCGAGAUCCGCUGCGGCAAAAUCAGCGGUUCGUGUCGUGUCACGGCCGACUGAUGAAGGUCAAGCAGGUGUCGAGGCACCCGCGGCUCGCGGUGAUUCACAACUUCAUCUCCAAAGAGGAAGCCGCGGCGAUCGUCGACGUCGCCGCGCCGGAGUUGCACCCCUCGCUCGUCGUGAGACACCAAACGGCAAAGCGAGGAGACACUGCCGGCGGCGACACAGCUGUACACGGCGAGGCCACCGCCGGUCGGACCUCGCACAACUGCCGCGUCUCGUCCUCGCACCCGAUCGUGCGCGCGGCGAUCCAACGCGCGGCGUACCUGUGCGGUCUCGAACCGUCGCACGCGGAGCCCGCGCAGGUUGUGCGUUACCUGCCCUCCCAGGAGUACAAGCCGCACCACGAUUGGUUCGACCGCGCGCACCCCGAAUCGUUUCGUGCCAAGACGGAGGGCAGAGGCGGGCAGAGGGCGGUGACGUGCCUCGCGUACCUCGUCGAACCGGAGCGCGGCGGCCGAACGUACUUCCCCAAGCUUCGCGCGGGCUUCGAGCCGAAAGUCGGCGACGCGUUGCUGUGGUGGAACGUCGACGAGAACGGCGCGGAGGACUUCAAGACGCUGCACGCGGGGGAGCCGGUGGAGGCUGGCGCCAAGUGGGCGCUGAACCUGUGGCUGCGGGAGAAGCCGCGGCGGGGGGAGGAAGGAAACGCAGGGACGUGUGAAAAAGAAAAAGAUGCGGUGGACGAGCUCGCGGAUGGCAUCGCAAAGUUUCGCAUGUAA